AUGGAGAAGAGAAGCAAGAUAAUAAGAAUGACAACAAUAACCACCAUUCGGGAAAGACAAAGGGGACAUUUAGCAGGGGUGAGGCGAGGAAGGAGUAGGUGCUCUGACCGACUUGUCUUGGAAGAGGCUGGUUUGCUGAACAAGGAAAGCAAAGUUGAGAGGGAAAAUGUGCAGAAGAGGACCUUUACGCGAUGGGUAAAUCUACAUCUAGAGAAGUGCAACCCACCUCUAGAAGUUAAAGAUUUAUUCAUUGAUAUACAAGAUGGCAAAAUCCUAAUGGCUUUGUUAGAAGUCCUGUCUGGGCGAAAUCUGUUGCACGAGUACAAAUCCUCAUCCCAUCGUAUUUUCCGGUUGAACAACAUAGCGAAAGCACUUAAGUUUUUGGAAGAUAGCAACGUAAAACUGGUUAGCAUUGACGCAGCAGAAAUAGCAGAUGGCAACCCCUCUUUGGUUCUUGGGCUGAUAUGGAACAUAAUCCUCUUCUUCCAGAUUAAGGAGCUCACGGGCAAUCUCAGCAGAAAGUCUCCAUCUUCCAGCCUGUCACCUGGCUCGGGGGCCACAGACUCAGACUCUUCCUUCCCGCCCACGCCCACCACAGAGAGGAGCCUGGCGGUAUCGGUGAAAGAUCAGAGGAAGGCUAUCCGGACCCUGCUGGCAUGGGUGCAGAGGAAGACAAGGAAGUAUGGCGUGGCAGUGCAGGACUUCGCGGGCAGCUGGAGAAGUGGGAUGGCCUUCCUGGCCGUGAUCAAGGCCAUCGACCCCAGCCUGGUUGACAUGAAGCAGGCCCUGGAAGACUCCAUGCGGGAAAACCUAGAGAAGGCUUUCAGCAUCGCGCACGAGGCCCUUCACAUCCCCAGGCUUCUGGAGCCAGAAGACAUCAUGGUUGACACGCCAGAUGAGCAGUCUAUCGUGACUUACGUGGCACAGUUUCUGGAACAUUUCCCGGAGUUGGAAGCCGAGGAUUUCGUGGAUUCCGAUAAAGAAGGCCCUAUCGAAUCCACCUUUGUCCGCAUCAAAGAAACUCCUUCUGAACAGGAAAGCACAGUCUUCCUUCUGACUGAAAACGGGGAGCGGGCCUACACCAUUAACCAUGAGGCCAGCCAACCACCACCCUCCAAAGUCUUUGUCUGUGACAACCCCGAGAGCGUGAAAGAAUGCUUCCCCAGUGGUGUGUCCAGCUAUGCAGUGUCAGACAGCUCCACUGAGUUCACGCACCAGAUCAUCGACCAGGCCCUCCAAGGCGUCCCAGGUAAGGCCAGCAGCACCAACGACCCAUCUCCAGAAUCUUCCAUUUUAUCAUCCAAAAAGGAUAGCCGGAGCUCCAACUCUUUGCCAGUCAAGAAAACUGUGCACUUUGAGGCUGACACCUACAAGGACGCUUCCUGCAGUAAGGACCCUCUCUACAGUCAAGACCUUCGCUUUGAAGGGAGCCCGAGAGGGACAAAGGACUCAUUGCUGAAGCAGGGUGGGUACAUCCUGGCAAUUGAAACUGCCGAGGAAAAGCCGAAACAGGAGUCUCCGAAGAUUUCAGAAGCAGCCUCUGAUGAGUCCCCAGGUGACACCUCUUUGGUGGACGGUAAGAUCAAUCAUUCACAGACUGCCCAGAGUUCUCCCUCCUGGAACGGGGAGCCGGAGGGUGCAGCCAGCCCCGGGGAGGAGAGUCGUCCCCUUUCACAUCUCGCGGACAACACUGUUAUGGCCGAUUCCUUGGAGAUCAAGGUCAAGCUGCUGACCGUAGAAGCUAUGGGUAAGGAAGACUAUUUUGAAGGCAUUUCUUUAAAAGCCUCUAAAUUUAGCAACGACCUAAUAGAUUUUGCCUCGACCAGCCAGGCUUUCAAGGCGGUUCCUUCGCCUCAUGAGAAAAAAACAGUGGAGGAUGAGGUUUUGGAGGAUCAGGCUGAGAAACCGGGGAAGAGGAGAAGUAAAUCUGCGCACCAGAGGAAAGAUUCGGAUGAGUCCCCAGAGAGGCCCGACAAGCUUGAACCUCACAAGGACCCCAGGCAAGAAGACCAAGGCUAUUCUCUGGCCCCAGGGCAGGCACCUGCGGAUAAGAAGCCAGAGGUGUACGAGAAGCCCAAGCGUAAGUCCGCGCGCCGCCGUUGGUGCGAGGACAAAGGGGAGCCUGCGGGCCCGCAGGGGCCGGAAGGAGAGGUGCCCUCCGAGCCGCCGAGCAGCAGCGUCAGCCUGGAGACCCUGCGCAGUCGCAGUGAGGAGGGCCUGGACUUCAAGCCCUCCCCGCCGCUGUCCAAAGUCUCCGUCAUUCCCCACGAUCUAUUCUACUACCCGCACUACGAGGUGCCCCUGGCUGCGGUUUUGGAGGCUUAUGUGGAGGGCGCAGAGGAUUUGAAAAACGAAGCCCUGGAUCUCGAGGAGCCGGAGGGCUAUCUGUGUGACGUGGGGGCCAGAGACGAAGCCGAAGAGGUCGCGGUGUCUCGGAGCACCUGCAGCUUCUCGGGGCUGGGCGAGGACGUCCCCGAGGCCAGCGACCCUGCGGCGCCUUGUCCUAAGGGACGUGCGGAGAAUGCCAGACCGGCCUUGGAAACCGCUGACCCUUCCCCACCAGAGGACCACCAGCAAGGGGAGGCCGAAGACAGUUCCCCUGUGGAGAGCCAGCAGUCACAGGAAUUCGGAAACUCGGGAAACUUAGCAAACUCUUUAGAAGAAAAGGUAAUGGGAGAAUCGAUCAGCAGUAAAAAAAAGGAGAAAAGGAAGCAUGUGGGCCACGUAGAAAGUUCAAUAUUUAUAGCACCCGGCACCAUCCGAUCCUCAGAUGACCUAGAAGAAGACCCUGGCGACCACAAAGUCCUCUCCAGAACUAGUCACAGUGACUCCAGCAUUUACAUUCGACGACAUACUAACAGGUCUUUGGAAUCGGAUCAUUUUAGCUAUGUUCAAUCAAGGAACGCAGCAGAUCUGGAUGACAGAAGAAACCGAACGUUAACCAGGUACGAUACUCAGAAGCUCACUGAGCUGAUUUUACAGUUUUAUGGCAUCAGGGCAGACAUGAAGAGGGAGUGCAAACACGCCAGGAUGUCCAUGAAAGCCAACAACUCUGGUGAAGCCACGUUGCUGGAGAGCCAGAGCCCCCAGAGCGACUCUCUGACGCAGUUUGUCCAGCAGCCGGAUAUGAUGUAUUUUAUUCUCUUCCUCUGGCUCCUGGUUUACUGCCUGUUGCUGUUCCCGCAGCUGGACGUCAACAGACUCUGAGGCGCAUGUCUGCAUAAUAAAAACGACAGGCCCCUGACCAGGGGGCGGGAGCUC